AUGAAGGGUAUGCGACGGAUACAAAAUCUAACAUUUGAAAAUGAACAAUUGAAGUCCUAUCAAUUUCAUUUUAAUAUUGACGAAGCAAAUGAAAUGGAUGAUGAAACUACGACUGAUGUUGAAGUGACACCAUUAAAUGAUGAUUCACAGCAACAGAACUUAACUCCGGAUCAAUUACAACACUUAUUCAGUCAAGCUAGUUGUGAACUGGUUGCAGAAUUGGCAGAUGAGCAAGAGUUUUUUAAACGUGAAGCAACAAUGAAAGCACCAAAAACAAGUAAAGUAAUACAAACUCCAUUUCCUCUUCCUCUACCAGACCGCACAGAAAAUUUCGACAUUGAUAUUGAACCAUUGAAACAUCUAGCUAAACAAGAAGCAGGUCCACUAAUCAUUGAAAGAUAUUCUCCUAGUGAAACGCAAAUUGAUUAUGUAUUAUCAACUAUUACAUUGACAUUUAAUCAACCAAUGAUUGCUGUUUCAUCAUUAGAUGAUAAAAUGAAUACAGAAGAUCUUGGCAUAUCAUUAACACCAACAAUAGAAGGUUGA